AUGCUUUCAAAGGUGGAGAUUGAAACUAAAGAUGGCCUUACUCUACUUUCGUACAUAAACCCGUUGAUUGAUGGAGCAGGGAAGAAAACCCCAUCAUUCUCUCUUUCUGAAAAGCUUGGGUCUCUUGUCUUCAAAGGGAUAUUCCUCAACGCAGAAGACCAGCUAAUUGCUAAACACAUUCUGCACUCCAUGGUAUCUGACCUGGCAAUUGACUCAGACAGCCUUCUUCUCAAGAAACAUGCUACAAUAUAUGCAUACAUUGAUAACUAUCUGUCCUCUAGGAAUCCUGCAUUCCCCAUUCCCAGGAAGAGACCUAUCGGCGCGCUUGCAUCUACGCCUGGCUUAUCUCCAAAGAAAAAGGUGUUUGUUGAAGUCACUGAUAAAGUGUUUCUUAGGCUCUCCCAUGGAAGGACCAUCAGCACGUGCUACGGCCAGAUAUCCACGAGGCCAUCAGAGGAUGUUGGCCAAAUGUCGCUAAAAAUUGACUCUAGGUCCCUGGGCGGUCUUCGCCACAUACAGUACGAUCCAUCUGUCUGCAGAGAGAGAGAAGGAAUUACUACACUCCUCAUAUGCCCCUCUAAAAGUGCCACUAUAAUGACCUAUACGUACACGGGAAGUAUUAGCGAUCUCCCAGUAGUUAAAGCUAUAUUGGUAGACACUAAGACCAUUGAGAUACUCGUGUGCUUUACGUCUGGAAAGCUUCCUGACUCAUUUAGUACAUCUCUUUCAUUCGACUAUGCUGUGGGUAAUAUCAGCGUAGAGUGCAAAGAGGGAACGUACGAGUACAGCGCAGGGAACAGAACACUCAGCUGGAACCUAGGGAGCGUAGCAGGGAAUGCCUCAAUUACCGUGCACACAACAGAGUCGCACAGGGCCAGUGCAUCUGUUAAGUAUCUCUGCAAGUAUGGAAAAACCGCAGUGUCAAGUGUGCUGGUAAAGAGCCUGGCAUCAGAAGCAGACGAGAACUGGAUAAAGCAUACAACUGACGUGUCUGGGAUGCUUAGGCUGCAGGAUUAA